AUGGCUUGUACAAAGCAGACAGCCCACAAAUCAACCCACGGGAAAGCACCCAGGAAGCAACUGGCUACAAAAGCCGCUCCUAAGAGUGCGCCCUCUAUGGGAGGGGUGAAGAAACGGCAUUGUUACACGCCUGGUACUGUGGCAUUUCUUGACAUUAGACAUUAUGGGAAGUCCACUGAACUUCUGAUUCCUAAACUCCCCUUCCAGCGUCUGGUGCGAGAAUUAGCUCAGGACUUCAAAACAGAUCUGCGCUUCCAGAGUGCAGUUAUUGGUGCUUUGCAGGAGGCAAAAACUUACAAGUAUCCAAAAAUGACUGAGAUUGAGCAGGCCGAGGCCCAGCUUUCUGAAUUAGAACUGCUGGCCAGUAUGUUCCCCAGUGAGAACGAGUUCCUAGUGAAUGACCAACUAGCUUUAGUUGAAUUGAAAGACUGUAUUGAAAAGAAGACCAUGGAGGGGCGAUCUUCAAAAAUUUACUUUACUGUCAAUAUCAACAUAGAUGUAUCUGAGGAAGCAACGAUGAUGUUUUCACUGGCCUGUAUUCUUCCUUUCAAAUACCCUGAAAUUCUGCCCGAAAUUACUGUCAGAUCAGUAUUAUUAAGUAGAUCCCAGCAGACUCAGUUGAACACAGAUCUGAGUGCAUACCUGCAGAAGAACUGUUGUGGAGAUGUCUGUAUACUGAAUGCCACAGAAUGGGUUAGAGAACAUGCCUCUGGCUAUGUCAGCAGAGACGCUACAUCUUCCACCACCACAAGAAGUCCAACCCAAUCACUCAGUCUCAUUCUCACAAGACUCUGGAUCUACAGCCAUCACAUCUACAACAAAUGCAAAAGAAAGAAUAUUCUUGAAUGGUCAAAGGAACUUUCCCUGUCGGGGUUUAGCAUGCCAGGGAAACCUGGUAUUGUUUGUGUGGAAGGUCCACAAAAUGCCUGUGAAGAAUUCUGGUCAAGACUCAGAAAAUUAAACUGGAAGAGAAUUCUAAUUCGCCAUCGAGAAGACAUUCCUUUUGAUGGUACAAAUGAAGAACUGGAAAGACAAAGAAAAUUUCCAAUUUUUGAAGAAAAAGUGUUCUCUGUUAAUGGAGCCAGAGGAAACCACAUGGACUUUGGUCAGCUGUAUCAGUUUUUAAAUGCCAAAGGAUGUGGGGAUGUUUUCCAGAUGUUCUUUGGUGUGGAAGGACAAUGA